AUGGUGGCUGCCAAGUCACGCCCCCUGGAGACUGUGGAGGUGGAGGAGGGCCAGCCGGUGACCCUGAGCUGUGUGACGCCCCCUAUGGAGCAUGGCCCCCUGCAGUGGGUGGCCCCCUCGGGGUUCACCAUCUUCUUAAACCAGCAUCCCGCUUUAAAAAAUACCAAAUACCAGCUUCUUCAUCACUCCCCCAAUGAGCUCUCCAUCCGUGUGGCCAAUGUGACCCCGCACGACGAAGGCGUGUACACGUGUUUACAUUACAGCAGCUCCGUGAGCACAAAGGCAGUGAAAGUGGUGGUGCUGGCAACUCCUCUCAAGUCAACCCUGGAAGCUUCCGUCAUCAGAACGCAAAACAGGGAAGAGCAGGUGGCACUGAGGUGCUCCACGGUGAGGAGCAGGCCGCCCCCACAGAUAACCUGGCGGCUGGGGAACCACACGGAGCUCCCUGGGGACACCUCGCACGCCUUUGACGGAGCCCGCGGGACCUGGACCAGCAGCAGCGCGCUCAGGGUCCCCGCGCGCCGCGGGAGCUCCUCCGUGGACUGCGUGGUGCGCCACGAGGGCCUCCGCGGAAGGAGGCUGGUGCUCUCUUUCCGGAUCGAAGAUUUGGUUACUCGUCAAGAGACGGCCUCAGAUGCCCUGGGGAAAACCUCUCCGUCCUCACGAGAUGCCCUGCAGGCUGCUAGCACUGCUGCAGCGAUGGAAGAUUUUAGUACAUCAGUGAUGGACAAGGAAGAGGAAGAACAAACCACUCAAGACCCCGACUUGCCCACUGGUGCACAUCCUCAGUAUGACGGGUUGGUGAGGAAGAAUAGCGGCAUACUGCUGCUCACACUCGUGUCCUUCCUCAUUUUCAUUCUCUUCAUCAUCGUCCAGCUUUUCCUAAUGAAGCUUCGGAAAGCACACGUGAUCUGGAAGAAAGAAAAUGAAAUUUCAGAAUAUACUCUAGAAAGUUACAAAUCGAGGUCAAAUAAUGAAGAAACAUCAUCCCAGGAGAAGUAUGGCCAAACUUCCCGUCCUAAGAGCUGCAUGGACUACAUCACACAGCUGUGUUCAGAAGCAAAAACAAAAAGGAAGGAACACACGCAGCAGAAGUUAAUGAGAGGGCACACGCAUGGGCCAGAGAGCGUCGUGUAG